GGCGGCGGCGGCGGUGGCGGCGGUGCCGGUCGCGCUCCCGGCGGGGCCCCGCUCCCGGCGCGGCGGCGGCAGGUGCCAGGACAUGCGGCGGCGGUAGGACGCGCGGCGGCGAUGGGCGGCCGGCGGCUGCCGGUGCCGCUGCUGCUGGGGCUGCCGCUGCUGCUCGGGCUGCCGGCGGCGGGGCGCGCCGCCUCCAAGGCGCUGGUGUGCCAGGAGAUCACGGUGCCGAUGUGCAAGGGCAUCGGCUACAACCUCACCUACAUGCCCAACCAGUUCAACCACGACACGCAGGACGAAGCCGGGCUGGAGGUGCACCAGUUCUGGCCGCUGGUGGAGAUCCAGUGCUCCCCGGACCUGCGCUUCUUUCUCUGCAGCAUGUACACCCCCAUCUGCCUGUCCGACUACACCAAGCCGCUGCCUCCCUGCCGCUCCGUCUGCGAGCGGGCCAAGGCCGGCUGCUCGCCCAUCAUGCAGCAGUACGGCUUCGCCUGGCCCGAGAGGAUGAGCUGCGACAACCUGCCUGUUCUGGGGGACUCCGAGGUGCUCUGCAUGGGAUACAACCACACGGAAGCAACCACCCUGCCGCCUUUCUUUGGGAAGCCGACGCGCCCUGCCAAGGACAUGGCCAAAAACCUGACACCGCUUGAUGGGCAGCGGCCCUCGGGGCUGGACUGUGCUCAGACUUGCAAGUGCAAAGCGCCCCUUAUCCACAUCUCCAAGGAGUCCCAUCCGCUGUACAACCGCAUCAGGACCGGAAAGGUACUCAACUGUGCCAUUCCCUGCUACCAGCCCUACUUUACCCAGGAUGAGAAGACCUUUGCCACCUUCUGGAUCGGCCUCUGGUCCAUCCUCUGCUUCCUCUCCACCUCUACCACCGUGGCCACCUUCCUCAUUGACAUGGAGCGCUUCAAGUACCCCGAGCGCCCCAUCAUCUUCCUCUCUGCUUGCUACCUCUUCGUCUCCGUGGGCUACAUCGUGCGGCUGGUGGCAGGACAUGCCAACGUGGCUUGCAACCCGGAGCACCACCACAUCCAUUAUGAGACCACGGGCCCUGCUCUCUGCACUGUGGUUUUCCUUCUCCUCUACUUUUUCGGCAUGGCCAGCUCUAUCUGGUGGGUCAUCCUGUCCCUCACCUGGUUCCUGGCUGCUGGCAUGAAGUGGGGCAAUGAGGCCAUUGCUGGCUACUCACAGUACUUCCACCUGGCUGCCUGGCUCAUCCCCAGCGCCAAAUCCAUUGCUGUACUGGCACUCAGCUCCGUGGAUGGUGAUCCGGUGGCUGGGGUUUGCUAUGUGGGCAACCAGAGCCUGGAGAACCUGCGGGGCUUUGUGUUGGCACCACUAGUGGUUUAUCUCUUCACCGGCAGCCUUUUCCUGCUGGCUGGUUUCAUCUCACUCUUCCGCAUCCGCAGUGUGAUCAAGCAGGGCGGCACCAAAACUGACAAGCUGGAGAAGCUGAUGAUCCGCAUCGGCAUCUUCACCGUGCUCUACACUGUGCCGGCCACCAUCGUCAUCGCCUGCUACAUCUACGAGCAGCACAACCGGGAGGCGUGGGAGCAGGCGCAGAACUGCUCCUGCCCGGGGGACCCUCACCGCCCCAAGCCUGACUAUGCCGUCUUCAUGCUCAAGUACUUCAUGUGCCUUGUGGUGGGCAUCACCUCUGGUGUUUGGAUCUGGUCUGGCAAGACACUCGAGUCCUGGAGGCGCUUCACCGCCCGGUGCUGCCAGGCCAGGAAGCCCGUGGGCGCCUCCGUGUAUGGUGAGGCCAGCCCGGCGCUGGCUGGCAGGACGGUGCUGCCCAGCAUGGCCUCCUACCACAAGCAGGUCCCGCUGUCCCAUGUGUGACCGGAGGGAGCCUCAGUGACCCCAGCCACAGGGAGGAGAGGGUUGCAAAGACCCUGGGCCACAGAAGAGGGGGUGAGAGCUGGGCCACCCCUGGCACCCUCAGCCCCACCGUGGCGGUGCUGCCUGGGACCGAGUGUGUGCACCCGCGGGGCACGGAGCAGCCGCGGCCCCAGGCAGGGCAGGGAGAGGUGCUGCCAGUGAUGUGGGGGCAGAGGGACAGGGAGGCCUGGAGCCUGGCACUGCCAUGUAUGUGCCAUUUGAGGGUCCAACACCCUGGCUGGGGUCCUGGGGUGCUGCUGCCUGUGGGCCAAUCAGGUGGCAGGUAUCCCUCGAGCAUUGAUUUGUAUCCCACAGAAAGCCUCUGGGCAGGUCUUGCCAGCUCCUGGGUGAGGGGCAGAGCUGCAGCAGGCAGGGUGGAUGGUGGACCCCGACCCCAGGUGGUGCUGGCACUGGUACUGAGCUGCUCACCAGAGCCUGGAGGGUGUGAGGGGGUCAGGGAGAGCUGGCAGAGGGGCUGCCUCCCUGGGCCCCCAGGGCACUGCCCCCAGGGCCCCUGGAGCCCCCAGGCACAGCUGUGUACUUCGGAGGAGAGGGCUGAGGGCCCCUGGCAUGAGGCAGCCGCCUGGCCCUGCUCGGGCAGCAGGUCACGCUGAGCGGGAGCGAAGGAGGUACGCGGGCUGGGGGCUUCGCAGGUGGUGGCAGUGCAGGAGGAAGGGCCGUGGACGGGAUCUGUCACCCGGCCCUCAAGGCAGGCAGGGACAAGGUCCCAAUUGUCUGCAGCACAGGCGGGGACCAGGUGACCCCUCAUGGUCCCUUCUGCCCGGGGCAAGCACGUGCCGGCUCCCCUCCGUGCCAGGGGCUCAGGGACGGGCAGGAGCUGGUGCUGGUGGGCAGCUCGGCAGAAGUGACUCCCUGCUCAUCCCCUGGGAUGGGCAGCUCCACUGCCCAUGGAGCAGCCCCGGAGAGCCGUGGGGCUGUGCCGGUGAUGAGGCUGCUGUCCCAGCAUGAGGCUCACAAGGAGCCCUGGGCAGCGCCAGCUCUGGCUCCAAGAGCAGCGUUCUCAGGAGCUGCCGUGUGCUCUGGGAAGGGCCUGCUGCUGCUCUGCACCUCUCUCCUCUGCAGCAGGGUGAGUUUCUCAUGUCUCGCUCGUGCUGUGUGGGUUACCUGGGGCUAGGUGAGCAGGCCUGGUGCCCUGCCUGCCAGCCUGCCAGUUGUGGCAUGUGGCUCAGCAGCUGAGCGUGGCACAACCAACCCUAAAAGGGGGGGUUGAAUCCCUGCAGAGAGUAGUGUCUGCACGUUGGGGUUUCUGAGCCAGGCUGUCUCUCCUGAGCAGCAGCUGGGUUUUCCAGCCAGUCGGCUUCAAUACUUCUUGCUGCUUUUUUCAAAGCUGUGCGUCUGCCGGAAACAAUGCCAGGUUUGAGAGUGAGCAGUUAAUUUGGGAAAAUUUAGCUAAGCGCUCGUGCUUCUUUCCUUCCAACUUCCCAAGCCUUUUUUCCUUCCCCAGAUCAGGCAGCAGCUGAGCACUGACAGAACCAGUGCCCGGCAUGAAGUGGUGGUGACAGCUGGGUGUCGAUAAGUAGAAUUAUGGCGGGGGGGCCCUGUUAUCAACGUCACCGAGCACAGCAAGGGCAAGGGGCUCCAGCUGUGGCACGGGAUGAGGCACAGCUGGCAAAAAGCGGCUGCUUCUGGCUUCAGACCACUUGUGAAAGCACCCAGUUUUUAAUUUAUUUCUUUUUUUUUCCUGCCCCAAGUAGUGAUCACGUGUGUAACUGUCCAGCCAUUACUCAAAUCCUUUUUGCCCUCCUUCAAGCGUGGCACUGUGACCCGGCUGCUCAAGCACUGGAGAACAGCACUGGCUUUGCUCCCGCAGGACUGCAAGGAUCUGAGGCUGUUCCCAACACCCUUGGACCAUUUCAGUCAAAGAGGUUUCCACCUCACUUUAAAACCAAAGCCUGUGAAGUGAGGAGACACUCAAGUGGCACAUCUCUUGAUAAAGGUACUGCCAAGGUACCACAUGAGUGUCUCUGGGGCGUCCAGGCCAGAGGAGCCAGUGGUGCAGGGACUGAAGGCUCAGCAGGGACUGUUCAGACGCACAAAUCUGCACUCUUGUGACAGGGCUCGCUCCCUCCAGUGUGUUGCAGUACUUUAUCGCAGAUAGAAUUGCACCAUGUUGUGAUACAGACUGUAAAUUGUUGUAUUAUAGCCUAGCUUGUACAUACAGAAGCUGUAGUGACCUUUGAUACGGGUUAGGGACAGGUGUGUUCUCUGCAGUGAGGCAGGUCAGGUACAGAGACGCUGUGGGUAGUCUCGUGUUGUAAUCCAGGGCAUUAAAUGAUUCCAACCUGCUCCAGUCCACCUCGCUGGACUCCUCUCUUCCUAUAGUGCCUUUUGUAGAUACAGCUAAACACACAUCAUGCAAUACAAUGAACAAAACCAUGUCAAAGGUGGUAUUUUGUUGUUUUUGUUUUUUCCGAAGUGCAACUGACUGUGUAAAGAAAUCCAAGAUUAGCUACAAACCGUUGCCUGUUGAAAAAUGCAAGAGCAUUUCAGCUUUGAUCCUAUGGUAGGGUAAUACAAUCAACUCGUGUCCGAGCCUGGCUUCUCAGCAACAAGUGGCAGGAGGGGGGAAGGAGCUGUUGCUGUGUGCCCCGUCUCUUGUAGCCAAUUUACAUGUUGGGUUUUGCCUCUUUUGUUACUGAUGCUGUUCAAUGUUUAAAUUACUGUACUAUAUUUUGUGAAAAGCUGAAGAAAUUUUAUUCAAAGAGAAGUAUCAAGAUUAGUUAUUUAUGAGG